UGUGUUCACCUCCCGUACCCGGUCCUCAUAAGAUGGCGGUCGGCUAGUUGCCUCACGAUACUCCGCCACUCUCAAUAUGGGAGCUAUUUACCAUAUUUCCCCUUCCCUCUCCGCCUCAACUUCCUCGUUAUUUUGAAUAAACUUUAUUGACUACCACUUUAAAUUUCCUACCACUGCCCAUUGGGCUCCUUCUGGCGACUUCUCGGGCCGUCUUCUUCAGACCUGGCGGCUGAUUCAUCUCAUUCCUCCUUGGUUUGCUGAAGGCUAGUUCUUGCCUGCCCAACGACUACGCCACUAGCCGAUUUGCCCCGCGGCCACUGGACUAGGCCUCGACUGCUGCGGUCUCUAGUAGGCCAGAAGGGAGAACCGGAGGGGAGUUCUGUGGAGACCGCUACCCUGAAGCAGCGUCAGGCUACAGACACUGCGUGACGCGGCGAGUGCUUCUAGAGAAGGCGAGCAAGGGAGGGCGCUUGCUGCCGCCUUCCGACCACAAACCUGGCCCGCCGCAGACCACUCCAACCCCCCCUGAAGAUGGCCUCGGUGCCCGUGUAUUGCCUCUGCCGACUGCCUUAUGAUGUGACCCGCUUCAUGAUCGAGUGUGACAUGUGCCAGGACUGGUUUCACGGCAGUUGUGUUGGUGUUGAAGAGGAGAAGGCUGCUGAUAUUGACCUCUACCAUUGUCCCAACUGUGAGGUCUUACAUGGUCCCUCCAUUAUGAAAAAACGCCGUGGAUCUUCAAAAGGGCAUGAUAGCCACAAGGGGAAACCAGUGAAGACUGGGAGCCCUAUGUUUAUUCGAGAGCUCCGGGGUAGGACUUUUGACAGCUCAGAUGAAGUGAUUCUGAAGCCCACUGGAAGUCAGCUGACCGUGGAAUUCCUGGAAGAGAAUAGCUUCAGUGUACCCAUCCUUGUCAUGAAGAAGGAUGGGUUGGGGAUGACUCUACCCUCGCCAUCGUUUACUGUGAGAGAUGUGGAACACUAUGUGGGUUCAGACAAAGAGAUUGAUGUGAUUGACGUGGCCCGCCAGGCUGACUGCAAGAUGAAGCUCGGUGAUUUUGUGAAAUACUAUUACAGUGGGAAGAGGGAAAAAGUCCUCAAUGUCAUUAGUUUGGAAUUCUCUGAUACCAGGCUUUCAAACCUUGUGGAGACACCUAAGAUUGUUCGCAAGCUAUCAUGGGUGGAGAACCUGUGGCCAGAGGAAUGUGUCUUUGAGAGACCCAAUGUACAGAAGUACUGUCUCAUGAGUGUUCGGGACAGCUAUACAGAUUUUCACAUUGAUUUUGGUGGGACUUCAGUCUGGUAUCAUGUGCUCAAGGGUGAGAAGAUCUUCUAUCUGAUUCGCCCAACAAAUGCUAAUCUGACUCUCUUUGAGUGCUGGAGCAGCUCGUCUAAUCAGAAUGAGAUGUUCUUUGGUGACCAGGUGGAGAAGUGCUACAAGUGUUCUGUGAAGCAAGGACAGACCCUUUUCAUUCCUACAGGAUGGAUCCAUGCUGUGCUGACCCCUGUGGACUGCCUAGCCUUUGGAGGGAACUUCUUACACAGUCUUAACAUUGAAAUGCAGCUCAAGGCUUAUGAGAUUGAGAAGCGGCUGAGCACAGCUGACCUCUUCAAGUUUCCUAACUUUGAGACCAUCUGUUGGUAUGUGGGAAAGCACAUCCUGGACAUCUUUCGAGGUUUGCGAGAGAACAGGAGACACCCUGCCUCCUACCUGGUCCAUGGUGGUAAAGCUCUGAAUUUGGCCUUUAGAGCCUGGACAAGGAAAGAAGCUCUGCCAGACCAUGAGGAUGAGAUCCCGGAGACAGUGCGGACUGUACAACUUAUUAAGGAUCUGGCUAGGGAGAUUCGCCUGGUUGAAGACAUCUUCCAACAGAACGUUGGGAAGACGAGCAAUAUCUUUGGGCUGCAGAGGAUCUUCCCAGCUGGCUCCAUCCCCUUAACCAGUCCAGCCCAUCCCACUUCAGUAUCCAUGUCCAGGCUGUCACUGCCCUCCAAAAGUGGUUCAAAGAAGAAAGGCCUGAAGCCCAAGAAUAUCUUCAAGAAGGCAGAGCGAAAGGGCAAGGAGAGUUCAGCCUUGGGGCCUGCUGGCCAGUUGAGCUAUAAUAUCAUGGACCCAUACAGUCAUCAGGCACUGAAGACAGGCUCUUCCCAGAAAGCAAAGUUCAAUAUAACUGGUACCUGCUUGAAUGACUCAGAGGAUGAUUCACCAGACAUGGACCUUGAUGGAAAUGAGAACCCACUGGCCCUGUUGAUGGCUAAUGGCAGUACCAAGAGGGUAAAGAGCUUACCAAAGUCUCGGAGAACUAAAAUUGCAAAGAAGGCAGACAGUGCAAGGCUGGUGGCAGAACAAGUCAUGGGAGACAAAUUUGACUUGGAUUCAGAUGAUGAACUGCAGAUUGAUGAGAGACUGGGAAAGGAGAAGGCGAGCCUGAUAAUAAGACCAAAAUUUCCUCGAAAGUUGCCCCGUGCGAAGCCUUGCUCUGACCCCAACCGAGUUCGUGAACCUGGAGAAGUCGAGUUUGACAUUGAGGAGGACUAUACAACAGAUGAAGACAUGGUGGAAGGGGUUGAUGGCAAGCUUGGGAAUGGGAGUGGAGCUGGUGGAAUUCUUGAUUUACUUAAGGCCAGCAGGCAGGUUGGGGGACCUGACUAUGCUGCCCUCACUGAAGCCCCAGCCUCCCCCAGCACUCAGGAGGCCAUCCAGGGCAUGCUAUGUAUGGCCAACCUGCAGUCCUCAUCAUCUUCAACAGCUACCUCCAGCCUGCAGACUUGGUGGACCGGGGGGCAGGAUCGAAGCAGUGGGAGCUCCAGUAGUGGGCUGGGCACAGUGUCUAGCAGUCCUGUUUCCCAGCGCACCCCAGGGAAACGGCCCAUCAAGCGGCCAGCAUACUGGAGAACGGAGAGCGAGGAGGAGGAGGAGAAUGCCAGUCUGGAUGAGCAGGACAGCUUGGGAGCAUGCUUCAAGGACGCUGAGUAUAUCUACCCAUCCCUUGAGUCUGAUGAUGAUGACCCUGCUUUGAAAUCUCGACCCAAGAAAAAGAAGAAUUCAGAUGAUGCUCCAUGGAGUCCUAAAGCUCGUGUGACCCCAACUCUACCCAGGCAGGACCGUCCUGUGCGUGAGGGGACCCGGGUUGCCUCCAUUGAGACUGGCUUGGCUGCAGCAGCUGCAAAGCUUGCCCAGCAGGAGCUGCAAAAGGCCCAGAAGAAGAAAUAUAUCAAGAAGAAGCCUUUGCUGAAGGAAAUAGAACAGCCUCGCCCUCAAGACUCCAAUAGUAGCGUGACAGUAGCUGCACCAGCACUGGCUGCUACACCCCAGCCUCUCACUUCCUCAUCACCUCAGCCUCCUCCUGAACCUAAACAAGAGGCUCUGUCAGGAAGUCUUGCUGACCACGAGUAUACUGCUCGUCCCAAUGCCUUUGGCAUGGUUCAGGCAAAUCGCAGCACCACACCCAUGGCCCCUGGAGUCUUCUUGAACCAACGGCGCCCUUCAGUUGGCUCCCAGAGCAAUCAGUCAGGACAAGGAAAGCGCCCUAAAAAAGGCCUGGCCACAGCAAAGCAGAGACUCGGCCGCAUCCUGAAAAUCCACAGAAAUGGCAAACUGCUUCUGUGAGCUGAGCCCUCUUGUGUCUCACCCCUUUAUUCAUUCACCCCCAUUGCCUUCUUCGUUGUCAACUUGGGGCACUCCUGGAUCCUAUGAGCCCCAGACAAGGUGCUGAGGUGCAUUGUCCUGCUUUCUUGGGACUGACCAAAGGCACGGACUGUCCCCAACUCCCUUUCCUAUUUCCGCUAUGAGUAUCCUGCCUUCCUUCUCCAUAUCCUUGAGUAGUAGGUAAAUGGGAGAAGUUUCCAGCUGACUAGAGCCUUUUUCUGUUCCUCCCAUCUAUUUCCCUUCCACCUGCUUUGUCUUUACUCUUGUCCACCUCCCCCAUGUGGACGGAAUGAGGACUGGCAUAAAGAGAAUUUGGGCCCCUCAGUUUCCCUGACCAUGAAGUGCUCACUGUUUUCUGCAACUUCAGCCUUGUCUAAGCCUGCCCACCUCUACUUAUUUUUUUCCAUCCCUUCUUCCUCCCAGUCCAGUGAUGUGCCCUACCUUCAGACUUCUUCUUGGAACCUCUGUUCCCUCUUACCUUUUUUUCAUGGCAAAAAAAGAAGAGGGCUCAGAAUCCCUUUAUUACCCUAUUAUGGGUCAUCUCCAGAGUUGACCUAGAAAAGCUGACUUCAUCUGCCUUUGUAAAGAAAGGAGAUUCCUGUCACUUUUCAAGGUGGGGAGAAAAGAGAUACCUAAGCCUUUGAUCAUGACUGUUGCUUAGCCCAUCAGAGGGAGCUGCUUUUGGCAGACUGCACGUGAAGUCCCUUUCUCAUGAUGAUCUCCAGGGAUUUGCCUGAAUUUUGAGGCCCUGAAGAACAUUAUCCCUGUGGCUAUAGCUGGGUUCCAGCAGGUGAAAAACUGCCUCCUACAAAUCUGGAAGCAUCUGCCAUUGAAUCAGAUAACUGACCCUACGGCCUGCUUCUGCCGCCUAUACCGUAAAGCACAGCCUGGACCUUCUGGAGAGGGUGUGGUGGGGCAGCCUAGUCCUGAGGGGACUUUGUUGGGAACCUCCAUGUUUCUUUCCUUAUCUGAGGUCUUACUCUGAAGACCUCAGAACUCACAUGUUCACCUUUGGUCGUUGCACUUCCAGGCCGCAGGCCAACAUUUAAGCGUAGUGCAGACAGGCCAUUGAAGUCCAAGUUUAGAUGUAAAGUAGCAAACCUGAUCUACUCUUCUUUCUUUCCUUUGUGAUUGUCGUCAUUUUCCAGUCAGUGCCCCCACUGCCCCUCUCUUGUUUUGCCUCACUGGCAAUCUGGACUUGAUGGAGAAUGCCCCCUCCUACAACCCAUUUUGGCAUUGCCCAAGUGGAGUGUGCGCUUGUCCUCUACCCUCCUCUCCAACCUCACCCUGGCUUGCCUAGUGCUUCUGGGGAAUACAGAUCAUGGGGAAUUUGUGAGGCCUCCUUUGUUGUCUUUGUGUUUGUGGUUUGUCUUUAUUUUCUCCAUAGAUUAACCUCUACCAUCCUCUCUUGGAAUCAAGGGGUCCUUUAGCCCAUUUGCUUUUUUAACCUUGGGGACCCCAAGGGGCCAAGCAGUCCUUCAUCUAGUCACACCAAAGGCAAAAGGCCUGGCUACCUCCCCCCUAGCACAUGAGGUCCCUACCCCUCCCUCUACCCAGCUUUGCUUAUCUUGGGGGUUUCAGGGCAGCCAUGGGAAGUGAGGGGAGAGCAGGAGAAGCCUCUGACUCUGUGGGCAACUGCCUGAGUAAAGGCUGACUGCUGUCACCAGAAAUAGGUCCCCAGCCCUUUUGCCCAUUUAAACCCCCUUCUUGAUCUUUCAAAGGCAGCUAAUUGCUAGCACCCCCCCACACACACACCCAUUCUGGGCCUCUUUUCCUUCUGUUUCUGUGGAGCUGAAACCCAGACUCUGAUUGGGUUCAUUUAGUUUAAUUGGGUUCUCAGAGUCUCCUGUUGUUUUGCGUUGUUUCCAAUGAAAAGCAGGUUUACCCUCAGAGAUAUGCUUUUCCAAAGAAGCUAGUGUGUUUUUGCUGUUGUUGUUGUUGUUGUUGUUGUUGUUGAUGUUGUUGUUUUUAAUGUUUCAGGUUCUAAGUGAAGUGAGGCGGGGAGGGGUUGGGAAUAACCAAGGUUUAGAACAUGGUGAAAUAGUUACCUCUGAUCUGCAAUCCCCAGCAGUGAGCUGGGGAUAGGAUGGAGGACAGAGAGAGGAUUUCUAUUCACCUUUAAUAUAUUUUUACAAAAAAGCAAACAAUUUAAAAACAAACCCACCGCUUCUGUACAUGUCUAAAUAUAUUUUUAGAAGUGGGUAGGAUUGUGAAUUUCUGAUGCAGGACCUUUUUAUAAAUAGGUUAGAGUAGCAUCAUCCAGAUUUCUCUGUUGUUUGUUCCCCUUGUUUUUUCUUAUGUUAUGUUACUAAUGUAAUUUAUAUUUUUUUUAGAUCUCCCUUUCCUGUAGAGAUAAAAGUGAUUUAUCU